AUGAGUAAUUCAUGUGAUAUCUCCCCAGGUAGGGAGUUUUCCAGCAAAAAUGUCAACGACAAUCCGCCUACCGCUGAAGCCCUCAAGGCUGCUGACGCAAUUGAACUCUAUGAUGGGGAGGGCAAGAAACACACCUUCAAAAGCAUUUACAACAGACCAGACCUGCCUCGAAGGGUUCUUGUUGUUUUCGUUCGUCACUUCUUCUGCUGCUCAUGCGUGAAUUAUACCAGCUUCCUGGCUAAGAAUGCCACACCGGAAAAGCUGAAGGAGCUUGACACAGCUAUUGUGAUCGUGGGCCAUGGCGAUGUCAAGCAAGUCGACAUGUACCGUCUCGAUACGGGCUGGCAGUACCCUAUCUACACAGACCCUACAGAAAAGCUGUAUAGUACAUUGGGAAUGAUUAAGACGUGGAAAGAAGGGCCGCCGAAUAAGUAUAUGCCCUGGACAACCACCUGGGCCGUAUAUUGGUCCAUCAAGACUGCAAUUUGGAGGUUUUUGCAAGGAUAUCCCUUAUUUUCGUCGGGAGCACCCAACUUGCAGGGCGGAGAGUUUUUGUUUGAGGGAGAGGGGGAUGACAAAAAAGUGACCUGGUGCCAUCGAAUGAGGCAUUCGAGAGAUCAUGCCGAUACUGAUGAGAUUACCGAGGUGUUGGGACUGAACAAGGUCUGA